UCACUCGUUGCCCCCAAUUAAAGAUCAAACGGUCCCUAUUCAGUCUCUACUUAAAGCAGUUCACUUCUAGUUCUGGAGCCGACCUGACGUGACGGCCACUUUUCUUCUCUCUCAAUCAGAUCUCUUAUCUCCCAUCCUCUUCAAUUCCAAUCUGCUUCCAAGAGGUUUUGUCAAAAUGGCUGAGUCAAAAACAGGAUUGCGGAAGCCUGUAUUCACCAAGAUUGACCAGCUCCGCCCAGGAACUAGUGGACAUACUCUCACUGUGAAGGUUGUUAGUACAAAGAUGGUCUUGCAGAAGGGUCGUCCUGAUGGUCCUCAAGUACGCCAGAUGCGUAUUGCGGAAUGUUUGGUAGGAGAUGAAACAGGAAUGAUUAUCUUUACCGCUAGAAAUGAUCAAGUGGACUUGAUGAAAGAGGGAAGUACUGUAACCCUUCGCAAUGCAAAGAUUGACAUGUUUAAAGGAUCAAUGAGACUUGCUGUGGACAAGUGGGGACGUGUUGAAGUAACUGAACCUGCCAGUUUCACUGUGAAGGAGGAUAACAACCUAUCACUGAUUGAAUAUGAACUCGUGAAUGUUGUUGAAGAUUGACUUCUCUGUGCAGUGUUGCCCGCUUACUAGAUGGUGAUCUGAGAAUAAAAACAACUCCAACAAAGCAAAUUACUGUUACUGGGCAUGUGUUGUCCAAAAAUGCCUAUGAAAAGUUCACUUUUAGAAAGAAGAAAUCUGCAAGCUUGCGUACUAGUUGCUUUUACCUUGUGGCCGAUCCAGCACAACCCUUUGAUUGGGCUUCCAAACAGAUGGUCAAGGCUGUAAAAAUCGAUAAGUUAAAGCAGCUGCCUUUGGAAACUUGGUUUGGUUUGCUUGCUACCUAUCUAUAUUUUUGGACAGUAACUGAACUAGCACUAUGUGAUCACAGAUAUAAAUUUCUACCAAGUCUAUGUUGCUGUACUCUGUUAUUAUGGUUCAUGCUUAAUGUUUUUACAUAAUUACCAUCA